CCCGCGGUGCUGUCGCUCGCGCUGGAAGAAGCGGAAGAAGAUGGCGCUCACCAGCUUUUUACCUGCACCUACUCAGCUGUCUCAGGACCAGCUUGAGGCUGAAGAAAAGGCACGAUCCCAGAGAUCACGACAGACCUCACUGGUCUCCUCCCGAAGAGAGCCUCCCCCCUAUGGUUACCGGAAAGGCUGGAUACCUCGGUUACUAGAGGAUUUUGGAGAUGGAGGGGCUUUUCCAGAGAUCCACGUGGCCCAGUAUCCCCUGGAUAUGGGACGAAAGAAAAAAAUGUCAAAUGCGUUGGCCAUUCAGGUGGAUGCUGAAGGAAAAAUUAAGUAUGAUGCAAUUGCUCGACAAGGACAGUCAAAAGACAAGGUCAUUUAUAGUAAGUACACUGACCUGGUUCCCAAGGAAGUCAUGAAUGCAGAUGACCCAGACCUUCAAAGACCUGAUGAAGAAGCCAUUAAAGAGAUAACAGAAAAGACAAGGGUAGCUUUAGAAAAAUCUGUAUCGCAGAAGGUUGCUGCAGCCAUGCCAGUCCGAGCAGCUGAUAAACUGGCUCCUGCUCAGUAUAUCCGAUACACACCAUCUCAACAAGGAGUGGCUUUCAACUCUGGCGCUAAACAGAGAGUUAUUCGGAUGGUGGAAAUGCAGAAAGAUCCAAUGGAGCCUCCAAGGUUCAAGAUUAAUAAGAAAAUUCCUCGGGGACCACCUUCUCCUCCUGCACCUGUCAUGCAUUCUCCUAGCCGAAAGAUGACCGUGAAGGAGCAGCAAGAAUGGAAGAUUCCUCCCUGUAUUUCAAACUGGAAAAAUGCAAAGGGUUAUACAAUUCCAUUAGAUAAACGUCUGGCUGCCGAUGGAAGAGGACUGCAAACAGUUCACAUCAAUGAAAAUUUUGCAAAACUGGCCGAAGCCCUCUACAUUGCUGAUCGAAAGGCUCGUGAAGCAGUGGAAAUGCGUGCUCAAGUAGAGAGAAAGAUGGCUCAAAAAGAAAAGGAAAAACAUGAAGAGAAACUUAGAGAAAUGGCCCAGAAAGCCAGAGAGAGAAGAGCUGGGAUCAAAACCCAUGUGGAAAAAGAGGACGGGGAGGCACGUGAGAGGGAUGAAAUCCGGCAUGACCGACGAAAAGAGAGACAGCAUGACCGGAACCUCUCCAGGGCAGCUCCAGACAAGAGAUCGAAACUGCAGAGAAAUGAAAAUCGAGACAUCAGUGAAGUCAUUGCUCUUGGCGUGCCCAACCCUCGGACUUCCAAUGAAGUUCAGUAUGACCAAAGGCUCUUCAACCAAUCCAAGGGUAUGGACAGUGGUUUUGGAUGUGGGGAAGAUGAAAUUUACAAUGUUUAUGAUCAAGCUUGGAGAGGUGGAAAAGAUAUGGCCCAGAAUAUUUACAGGCCCAGUAAAAAUCUGGACAAGGACAUGUAUGGAGAUGACCUAGAAGCCAGAAUAAAGACUAACAGGUACCAGGGCAGACCGCUCAGUUUUAACAUCUACACCAGUGAAAAUAAAGUGGUUCAUAGUCAUUUCUCUUUUUCCCUAGAUUUGUUCCCGAUAAGGAGUUUUCUGGUUCAGACCGUAGACAAAGAGGCCGAGAAGGACCAGUUCAGUUUGAGGAGGAUCCCUUCGGUUUGGACAAAUUUUUGGAAGAAGCCAAGCAACACGGUGGCUCUAAAAGACCCUCAGAUAGCAGCCGUCCCAAGGAACAUGAGCAUGAAGGCAAAAAGAGAAGGAAGGAGUAGAUACUUUGUUCAGAGUGAACGAACUGUUAUUGAUAACCCUAAUGAUGCAAGUCAUAUGGGGAACACUUUGUACAUGGCCAGGAUAAAAACCAAAUCUGGGUGUCAGAGCCCAGCACUACUUUUUAUUACAGGAGAGGGAGGGGGGUAUGGAAAAGUUCUACUUUGAAUUAUUUAGUUUUUUUAAAAAUGGGUUGUGUUUGUGCUUCUCCUACCUUUUGGCAUUUAUAGAAAAUACUGCCCCACACGUGAAAUUAAGGCCACUUUCAAGAGACGUUAGUACUUUGGGGUUAAUAUUUUGUCUAAAAAUGACUGCUUAUGAAUAAAGUGACCCCAAUCACAGCAAGUAGAAAGAAGGAUAUUCGCAUAUUGGAACUGUCCUGCCAAAUGAUGUUUGCCCCUGUUGUGCUGUUGAUUUGGAGUGGGGAAAGUAAGCUCUUGCUUGGUGCAGCUAUUUGUUUCAAAUAAAAACAUUUAG